AAAAAAAAAUAAGGAAAAAACGAAUAAUUAAAUCAGUUUUGAAUGGACGAAUUUUAAUAUCAAUUUUCUUACUUUACUUGUUCUAUUAAUUGGACUAUGAAUUAUUUUUAGUAAUAUAAGGUGUAUGUUAAUUCAUAAAACUUAAUUUUACAGGGUGUCACAAAUUCUCAGCCAAUAGUUACGAAGCCAUUAUAAUUUUUUCAAUGGCCUUCAAUCGCGUCAAGGACAUCUUCAAGGCUCUUUGAGAACACGAGAACUGGUUUUAUAAACCCUUGAUGCGGUUAAAAGCCAAUAUAAAAAAAAAGCAUAUUGAAAUUACGUGAUUAGGUAGUUAUAUUUAUAUCGAACAUUACGGUAAUCUUGGUUAACGACAUUACCUUAAAUGAAUCUUGUUUCGUUAUAAUCGUGGCGUAAGUUCUGCAACAUUCAUAUCCAGUUGAAAUAAAUACACCUUUUUUCCUAAUUUAAUUCGCUUAAUUAUCAUGAAGUAGUAUGCCGUUAUUAAUGUUUUAUGUUUUAUUAUUUAGUAUAUUAUACUCUGAGCAUGUCUUAAGUCGUAUCCAAGAAGAAUCACCUGCAGACCAUUUCUGUUGGUGGGAGUGGAAAAGUAGAAAAAAACAUUGUUUCGGGAAAGAGUCAUUUAUAACGAUAUCCCAUAACACUUGAAGACAUUACUGAUAUCCAUUAACACCUGGCACUUAACACACAAUUAACGGGAAUAAUUACAAAAUGGACUGCUACUGCUUCAAACCUCGCACGAUAACUUGUAAAAUAAUUUUAUUAGAUGAACAGGAAUUGUUCCAUGAUAUUCAGGACAAUAAAAAAGGGCAAGUUCUGUUAAAUUUUGUUUUCAAACACUUAAAUCUCUUAGAAACGGCUUAUUUUGGGCUACGUUACCUUGAUCACAGUGGGCAAACGCACUGGUUGGAUCCUUCGAAAAAGCUCGGCCGACAACUUAGAGGCUCCGAACCGUGCACUUUUUAUUUUGGAGUUAAGUUUUAUGCGGCUGAUCCUUGUAAACUUCUUGAAGAAAUAACAAGGUACCAAUUUUUUCUUCAAGUAAAACAGGACAUUUUACAAGGAAGGCUACCAGUCUGUUUUGAACUAGCCGCUGAAUUAGGAGCUUAUGUAAUCCAAUCCGAAUUAGGAGACUACGAUCCCCGGAGGCACAAUCAAGGAUACGUAUCGGAAUUCAGAUUUCUCACAAAUCAAACUAUUGAACUAGAAAGUCGAAUCACCGAACUCCACAAAACAUUAGUAGGACAAUUACCAUCAGUUGCAGAAUUAAAUUAUUUAGAUAAAGUAAAGUGGCUUGAAAUGUACGGAGUAGACCUUCAUCCUGUAAUGGGUAAAGAUAAUGUGGAUUAUUUUCUAGGCUUAACGCCCAGCGGUAUAACAGUUGUAAGAAAUAAAACUACCGUAGGCAAUUAUUACUGGCCGAGAAUUUCAAAAAUUUAUUUCAGAGCCAAAUAUUUCAUGUUGAAAGUUACUGACAAAAAUAACGACGAAAAUACCUACGGGUUUGAAACGCCUUCCAAGGCAGCUUGCAAACAUUUAUGGAAAUGUUGCGUUGAACAUCACGCUUUUUUCCGAUUGGUGCAAGUUUCUCCAACUACCCCCGACAUUUUUGCUUUGGGUUGUAAUCAUAGAUAUAGUGCAAGAUCUGAAAAACAAACUGCCAAAGACGCUCAGUUUCCAGUUAGAACUCCCCCGCCAUUUUCUAGAACUUCCUCCAAACGAUACCAAAGACGAUUGGCUGAAAGUUUUAUUGACUCUUCAACUGAUGAAAAUCGUAAAGCGUGUAACACAUAUUCUCAACAAGAAACCAAACAUAUUUCUGUACCUAAACCAGCAGAAGAUUUUGAUAAUUGGUACCAAACUUCGUGCAACAUGAACAAAGAUAUUCAUCGGCAGUCAGAUUCUCCUCACAGUACACGAAGUGCUCCUUGGUCUCAGCCUCAUUCAAGAGGUUUAUACAACAGUUCGGCAUUACCAAGUCCAAGGUCGCUGAGAUCAGCUGCUCCGCGAUACAGAUCAUCUUCAGUGGACAGUCAAAGUUCAAACGAAGCUAGAUCGUGUAAAGGGCGUAAGCACAAUAAAGUUACUUCGGAUAAUGAAAGCGAAUUGUCAAAGAGUUCUGGUAGAUCACAUCGUAAACAUCGGCGUCACAAAUCUAGAGGACACAGAAUGGAUUCCGGAUCCGAUCAAGAAUCGCUUUCUGCAAAGGGUAAUGGCUCCAGGUAUACGAGCAAUAGUCCAUACGAACUUGUAGAUUUAGGAUUUCAAUGGCAGGAAAUUCAAAAACGUCAGUCUAAUAAUAAUUAUUCAACUAUUCAACAAGCGAACGUAAUUAGUAGCCGAAAAUCAGGAUACGUAAAUAGUGGCUUAGAAACAGAAUCAGAAAUCUCUUACUGUCACCGCAACCGUAAACACAGGAAGCAUAGAUCAAGGUCACGUUCUCCUUCCGAUGGAAAAACUCGGCUUCCGAAUGAAUUGAAAAAACAUUUGGAAUUUAAUUUAAUUGAUACUUCAGGAAUGAGUGAGUCUCAAUUGCGGGAGAUACCUUAUACAGUUGUUCAAACAAACCAUGCCAAACAUAUGAAAUUGAAACGUCGUAAUAAAAAAUGAGACAUUACUUCAUUUACAGUGGUUUCAACAUGUUCAAUAAGGUUUUGAGCGGAAAAUUAGCGAUAAAAACGAAACUGUAUAGCAAACGGCCUUCUUUUUUAUAGUAAAUUUAUUGUAAUCGUGUGCAAUAUUUACAAUUUAUUUAUUAUUCUAUCUUAACUAUAAUACAAGAAAAUUGGUAUCUAAUAAUGAGUAAUAACAGAACUUUGUUAUAUCAGUUUAAAGUUUAAAUAAAUGCACUGUCUAAUAAUGGUAAC